GACUGCUCCUGUGCUCCAUCGAUCGGUCGAUGGAAGCUGCUCCAAUCCUCCUUCCUCUCCCUCGCUCUCGCCCUCUUCUUCCUCAAGCGGGGCCGAUCUCGCUCGCCCUCGCUAGAACAAGCGGCAGCAGUCGCCUUCACGGUCGCACCUGCGGCCGCCGCCUAACUGCGGGGAUCGAUGCCGUCCUCGUCGACGGAGCCGCCUCCGCCGAUCUGGCCCCUGUUCAGAUCACCUGGCAGAUCGCCGUCGGCGCACUAGCUGGAAUCACGCCCUUUGUGGUCGCGGGGAUUGAGUUCAGCAAGAGGAUAAUAGCACAAAGAAAAUGUGGAGUUUGUGGAGGCUCUGGCCUUAUUCUUCUUAAAGAUAAAUCCUAUGCUCGCUGCCCCGGCUGUGGUGGAUUUCUCCCAUGGCAGUCGUGGAAAAGAUUCUUCACAGGAUAGAAAAGUGAUCAAAGUGAUAUAUGACCUUCCUCAUGCAAUCUGAAUUUCUUGUGAUCUAAAAGCAAAGAAAAUACACCUUUUCUGUAUAUCAAGAAUACUAGUCAAAAAAUGAGUUAAAUGUUGGUGUAAACUUUCCAAAUUUGGUGGCAAAUUUGCAGCAUAUGCAUUUGUAUAUUA